AUGGCUGUUGAAUCUUAUGAUUUUGGACCUUACAAGAUCCACCAUAGUUCAGUAUUUCAUACAACUGAUCUUUCUUUUGCCUUUGUCAACCUUCGCCCUGCUGUCACUGGUCAUAUCCUUUUUAAUAUAUAUGAGUCAUAUUUAACUACAAAGCUACAUGUUCUUAUCUGUCCAAAGCGCGAAGUGAAACGCGUUGCUGAUCUUACUGAUGAUGAGAAUAUCGAGUUAUGGCGUAUAGCACAUAAACUUGGUAGACAGCUGGAGAGUUAUCAUAAUGCAUCAUCACUUACAUUUUGUAUCCAAGAUGGACCUCAUGCUGGACAAUCAGUUCCUCAUGUUCAUAUUCAUAUUCUUCCUAGGAAAAAUGGUGAUUAUGAAAACAAUGAUGAUAUAUAUGAUGAGAUAAAUGAAAAGGAGAAAGAAUUGAAAAAGAAGCUAGAGGUGGAUGUAGAGAGGAAAGAUAGGAGCCUUGAAGAAAUGGCACAAGAGGCUGAUGAAUACAGAAAAUUUGUAUUUUGA